GCGGCUACGAACUUUUUUUUCUUUCCUUCUUUUAUUCGGGAAGAAGAAUACUAUCCAACUCGUCGACAGGUCAAUUCAAUUUCUCGACGCUUUCUUCGACCUCAACCCCUUUGGCUAUUGGUUAUUGGCUAUUUCAUUAGCACAAUUCCUUAAUUGAACCUGUCAAAAUGCCGUCCCUUAACGGAUCCACUGCCGUCAAUGGCAGCACCAAGUUCCUCGACUACAAAACUGCAGUUGAUGCUCUGAACCAGUAUCCGUCUCGCGAUGGCCUUGGCAUUGAGGAUCUCAUUGAUACUAAGCAGCGUGGUGGCUUAACAUACAAUGAUUUCCUAAUCCUGCCCGGCUACAUUGGCUUUCCCGCUUCUGAAGUCAUACUUGAGGCGCCCAUCACCAAGCGAAUCACGCUGAAGACUCCCUUCGUCUCUUCUCCUAUGGACACAGUCACUGAGCACGAGAUGGCCAUUCACAUGGCUCUUCAGGGUGGUCUCGGUGUCAUUCACCACAAUUGUUCGCCAGACGCCCAGGCCGACAUGGUCCGCAAGGUCAAGAGAUACGAGAACGGCUUCAUUGUCGAUCCCGUCGUCAUUAGCAAGGAGACCACUGUUGAAGAAGCCAAGGCGCUUAAGGAGAAAUGGGGAUUUGGUGGUUUCCCCGUGACUGAAUCUGGCAAGCUUGGCUCCAAGCUUCUAGGUAUCGUCACGAACCGCGAUCUCCAAUUUGAGGAUGACCUCCGCCAGACAGUCGACAAAGUCAUGGUGACCGAUCUGGUCACUGCUCAGCUAGGCACUACUCUUCCCGAGGCGAAUAAGAUUCUUGCGAAAUCGAGGAAGGGCAAGCUACCUAUCGUCGACAAGGAUUUCAACCUUGUCUCCAUGAUUUCCCGCUCCGACUUGACCAAGAAUUUACACUUCCCGCUUGCAUCCAAGCUCCCCGACUCCAAGCAACUCAUUUGCGCCGCCGCGAUCGGUACUCGGCCGGAGGACAAGAUCCGCCUGAAGAAGCUCGUUGAUGCGGGACUUGACAUCGUCAUCCUAGACAGUAGUCAAGGCAACAGCAUGUUCCAGAUUGACAUGGUUAAGUGGAUCAAGAACGAGUUCCCUGGUCUUGAUGUCAUCGGCGGGAACGUGGUGACUCGAGAGCAGGCUGCGAAUCUCAUUGCUGCUGGCGUCGACGGAUUGAGAAUUGGUAUGGGCAGCGGAAGCGCUUGCAUCACUCAGGAAGUCAUGGCCGUCGGUCGUCCUCAAGCAGCUGCGGUCUACUCCGUUUCGGCUUUUGCUGCGAAAUUUGGAGUGCCGUGUAUCGCCGAUGGUGGUGUUCAGAACGUCGGUCACAUCGUCAAGGGCCUCUCCCUCGGCGCGUCUACUGUCAUGAUGGGUGGUUUGCUUGCCGGUACUACUGAGUCCCCAGGUACAUCGUUUGUGUCGCGGGAAGGCAAGCUCGUCAAAGCGUACCGCGGUAUGGGUAGUAUCGACGCUAUGCAAGACAAGAAGGCUGGUGCCGGCAGCAAGAACAGCCAGGCUAGUAACGCUGGCACUGCUCGGUAUUUCAGUGAAGGAGACAGCGUUCUGGUCGCCCAGGGUGUGUCCGGUGCUGUAGCACACCGCGGAUCCAUUAACAAGUUCGUGCCUUACCUAGCUGCGGGCCUCAAGCACUCGAUGCAGGAUUGCGGUAUGCGAAGCUUGGAAGAGCUUCACGAGUGCGCGGCCAACGGAACACUCCGGUUCGAGAUCCGCACCGCGAGCGCGCAGCUGGAGGGCGGUGUGAACAUGGAGAGCUACGAGAAGAAGCUCUAUGCUUAGAAAUCUUUGGUCGGCUGGCUGGUGGGCGGUUGAACCGGGUUGGACAAUAAGCGAAGAUAAGCUAACGGCAACGGGUUCUACCAAGAGUGACGAUUGGGAAUCGGUUAGGACAUAUUGAAUCUCUCAGAUAGUCCUUGGUGUGGAAACCAAAAACUAAAAGUGAUACCUCUUGAUAGCUUUUUAUGCUGAAUUAUGAGCAAGUGGCUUCGUUCCACUCAUAGGCGUUUUGCGGCUCGGGGGCAGGUCAUGUCGGGUUAGGCGGGAGCAAUCUUGGGAUGAAGGGAGUUCAUGUCUCAUUUUCACGGGCGUACGAGACACAAAAAAUGGGAUUAGCUAGACGCGAUGAGUAUGAAAAGCACUUGAAUCAUGACUUUUGAA